AUGAACCCUUUUAAUAAACUUCUAAAGGAAAGAAUUGAACAAACUGAAGAAGAAACCCACGAAGAAGAAGUUAAAAAACAACAUGAAGAAGAUCUUUGUAUGAAGUAUUUAAAAAGAAAACAAACAGAGAAGGAAUAUGAAAUUUAUCAACAACUUACAUUGAUUGCUUUACUUAAUGUUUAUUGUACAUUUAAACUUAAACGAAUUCCUAGGCAAACAAACAGAACAUUAUUUUUACCACGAGUUAUUUGUUUAGUAUUUAAUGAACAAAUUAUAGAUGUUGAAACAUUAGCAACAAAUAGUUGUAAACAAAUAUUUAAAAGUGAUGUUGAGGAAGGGAUUCAAAUUAAUACAGCUCAAAAAAGAUAUGACAAAAAUAUUAAAACGUUUAUCUCUAAUUUUCUAAUAGACACUGCACUAGAAUUAGGAUUUACUUUUGAUUCAAAAAUGACAAGAUUAUCUGGAAAAACACUGAGAUUUGAACGAGUGCAUUGUAUUAAGAAAGGAAAAGAGUUAACUAUUAACCGAAAUGGAAUGAAAACAAUUGGUAAUAAAAUGUACCGCUAUAUGAUUGAACAUUAUCGUGAUCUUCCUGAUGUUGUUUUUGAACAUAAUGAUGCAGAAAUAAAAAAAAUUGUAGAUUUUUCAAUUCAAUGUGUUGAUGUGAAACAAUAA